CUCUGAGUCGCCUGUAGUAACACGAUUAAGAUCAAGAUCCUCAGACCAAGACCAAGCCAGGCAAGGUGACAGCGGGGACCUGUGGCAGCCAGCACGAUGUGGGCUGAUACUUUGUUUAUUGUGUUUAUUUCCAUCUGCACGGCGCUUUUUGGUGAAGGACUCACCUGGCUCCUUGUGUACCGCACAGAAAAGUAUCAGAAGCUCAAGGCGGAGGUGGAGCGACAAUGCAAGCGAUUGGAGAAGAAGAAGGAAGCACAUGGGGACAGUAUAGAUAGGCAGCAGAAACGGAAAAUAGAGCGAGAGGAGGAGCGACUCAAGAACAGUAACAGAGAUUUGUCACUUGUCAAAAUGAAAAGCAUGUUUGCCAUUGGUUUUGCCUUCACUGCACUGCUUUCCAUGUUCAACUCCAUCUUUGAUGGCCGAGUUGUGGCUAAGCUGCCUUUCAUCCCCAUCUCUUGGCUGCAGGGCCUCAGCCACCGGAACUUGAUGGGCGACGACUAUACAGACUGCUCCUUCAUCUUCCUGUAUAUUUUGUGCACCAUGAGCAUUAGACAGAACAUUCAGAAGCUGUUAGGUUUUGCACCAUCGAGGGCAGCCAAUAAGCACAGCACCAACCUGUUUGGACCUCAGCCCCAGCAGCUCAGUGGCUACAAAUAAAGUGUUUCUCACUCAAUCAUUUGUGUAAAUGGAGAAUGUUGCAGUUGAGAAUUAAGGUGACUUUAUGGUUUUCAUGAGGUUGUCAUCCUGCUAGUUGUUAUCCAUACUUGUUAUUUUGAUUUUGUUGACUAUUUAUUAUCAGUGUGUAGUUGACACUUGUAGUUUUAAUGUAUAGACUCUAAAUAGUGGAAUGAGUUCAUGAUAUUGUGUGAGAAAUUGAUAAGUAAGAAAAGAUGAAUGGUAAGCCUUUUCAUUUUUUAUAUUAUUAUUUUGUGGAUAUGAAGGUGUCAGCAAGUGUGAGUUUCUUAUCAUCUUAUUUAGCAAUGAAAUGCUUAUUUUUUAUGAGUUUAAAUUAAUUUGCAGUUUUAAUAAUGAUUUUUUUUAUGAUAACGGCAAGAUGAAGUGAGACCUUUACCUGGACAGUGUAUGUAUUAGCAAGGUGGCAGAAAAUUAAUUAUGUUCACCAUCAUCUCCCCACAUCAAUCUGCAGUCUGGGGAAACAGAGAGGACCCCAGAAGAAAUCCUGCAGUGGGUUUAGAAAUGGCACUCAACUUGCUUACUCAUAGUUGUCCCUAUGCUGUGAGCUAAAUCUUGAUUAUGAAGUGGGCUGUGUCAUGGAUCUGGUGGUUGUUGGGCCGGUCAGUCACUUGCUGCUUUCUUUACCAUCUGGCCCAGAUCAGCCAGGCAUAGCACACCUACAAUAUUGUGCACUGACUUAAAGGGCUGUUUGUGGUGGAUUCCUUUUAACAUUUGUGGAUCAGUGUAAGUAGUACAAGAUGGAAUGGUGAUGAGUUGUUGAGGUGCUUUAGAGAAUCUGUGUCAGCUGCAUGCUAUUAUUGACUACACAUUCUCCUAAUCAAGGAUAAUGUGAGUGUUUUAUAAAACUGCAUACACAAAUAGGACAUCAAAUUACUUAUGGAUCUAAAUUAUUGAAAGCAUUUGGUCUUGCUAUCUGUUGUUAAUGCUUGAUCUCCAGUGAAGACCUUAUUUAAGUUGAAUUUGGGAUUAAGCAACACCAUUCAGUGUGGAAUGUUAAAAACUUAAAGAAAAAAAAAAUAAAAGAUACCCAUUUUAUUGAAAAUUAAGAAUGAUAAUUGUAUUGGAUUAAAUGUUACUUGUGUGGUAAGAUGAUGUAAGAGCUGUUGUUGUCUUUGUAGUGGAUUUCAUGAAGUACCAAAAUUGAGAGAGACUGAUAGGGGAGAAGUGUCUGUGUUGUCAUAUAUUUUUGUCAAGUGCUUCACAUUGCUGCAUGAGGUGCUCACAGGUGAUUAGUACUUAUCAAGUCAGUUAGCUUGGCAGGUGGCCAAUUAUGUAAAUAAUCCACAUUUGUACUGAGCUUAAAAGACAUUGGGGUUUGUAAGUUUGGAGUUUCUAAGACUAAAUGCCUGACAUUCACUUAUGAGGUAAGGAUAUUGGUAGUGUGUAUGAAUGUGUUUGUGUGGUUUUAUUGGUCUCAGGCUUCUUUUAAAGGUAAUUAACUCAGAUAGGAUUGGUUUUGAGCACUAUUAUUAGUUAUGAGAAAUUCAUAUGGUAAAACAGAAGUGAAGUGAGCAAUGAGUUUUGUUGAGUUGGAAGAACACUGGAAAGAGUAAGGCUUUCUUGCACUUCUUUUGGAAGCCUUUUUAUGAUAUCUGGUAUGUUUCCUUUUCAGCUUUUCUUUAUUCUUACACUGGAUGGUUUGAUAUAUAUGAUUAUGACUGUAAAAGGAGAUGGUUUCUGCAAAAAUAGCUUUGGAGAAUGCAUGCUGUAAGCAUUGCAAUAGUUUUCCUUAUGAACUUAAAUUACAUGAAACACAUCUGAAUUCCUGCUGUCAUGAAGUAUCAUGACAUGAUACUAAGUAGAAAGAUUUCAUGGAUGCUUGAAGAAAUCAACCCAGGUUUUUUUUUUUUCUUUAUGAAAUGUAAAUGCAUCUGCUGCAAUUUUAUUUUGUAUGUUUAAAAAGUAGUGAUAUCUCUAAUGUGAACCCUGACUAUUGAUAUAGAACCACAUUGUGAACUUAGUCGCUAGUCACUUUCAGGACUGAAGUAGUAAUUUACAUACAGUACUAGUUUCAUUGAUAUUUUCUUCAGUGAAAUACUAGUGUAAUACAUUUCUAAAAGGCAUCAUGAUCAUGAUUUUUAUACAUCAAGUUUAUUGGUAUAAGUAUCAGUAACAAAAAACUGGCCACAGCAACAUAGGCUGUAUUGGGAUGAAUCACGCUGUAUAAGUUAUAGACAUUUCUUUUCUAAGCAUAAUGUGUUUUCCCUUGAGAAUAUGAAAAUUAUGUAUGUUGAGGAUAUGGAGUGCCAUACAUGAAAAAGUGUAUAAUUGUUAUAUUCAUAUUAAACUGUCAUGAUGACAUUUUGAGAUGCCAUCAUGCUGAGGCCUUCCAGUAUUUUCAGAUGAAUAAAGAUGCCAAAAGUUGAA